GUUUUACUUUUGCCGUUCACGGUUUUUCACUUUUCGUGCCGCCAAACUCAAGUCUCAAGUCUCAACUAUCAAAACAAGAAGAAGAGUAAAGAGAAAGGAAACCAGGGGAUGGAUGAAACGGAAGUAAUACUAACAUGAACAACUGUGAGUGAGUUCGAAGCAGUGAAGACUUAACGAAAGAAAAUGGGGUGGGGAUGGGUGAUCUACGAAGGAGUGGUGGUGUUGGGGUCUCUUUCUUUGCUGGGAUGGGCGGGGCUCUGGUUCCUGAACCGAAGACUGUACAAAGAGUAUGAAGAGAAGAGGGUUCUGGUUCAGAUCCUCUUCAGUGUCGUCUUCGCCUUCUCCUGUAACCUGCUCCAGCUCGUCCUCUUCGAGAUCAUACCAUUCCUCUCUAAAGAGGCGAGAUGGAUAAACUGGAAGGUUGAUUUGUUUUGCUUGAUAAUAUUGCUGGUUUUCAUGUUGCCAUACUAUCACUGCUAUUUGAUGCUCUGUAACAGUGGUUUGAGGAAGGAACGAGCUGCACUGGGGGCAAUCCUAUUCUUAUUGGCAUUUCUAUAUGCUUUUUGGCGCAUGGGGAUUCACUUUCCAAUGCCUUCCCCUGAUAAAGGUUUCUUCACCAUGCCUCAGUUGGUCAGCAGGAUUGGAGUGAUAGGUGUAACUGUCAUGGCUGUGCUCUCUGGUUUUGGUGCUGUCAAUUUGCCAUAUAGUUAUUUGUCUCUCUUCAUUAGGGAGAUUGAGGAAACAGAGAUCAAAGCCUUGGAAAGACAACUAAUGCAAUCAAUAGAAACUUGUAUAUCGAAGAAGAAGAGAAUCAUACUUUGUCAAAUGGAGAUGGAGCGUAUUCAAGGGUCAGAAGAGAAUCUAAAGGCUCGAUCCUUUCUAAGACGCAUAGUUGGAACAGUUGUACGUUCUGUACAGGAGGACCAAAAAGAGCAAGAUAUUAAAAGCAUGGAAGCAGAGGUCCAGGCAUUGGAGGAGCUUUCAAAGCAGCUAUUCUUGGAGAUAUAUGAGCUUCGUCAAGCUAAGGAAGCAGCUGCUUAUUCUCGAACAUGGAGGGGUCACUUACAGAAUCUCCUAGGUUAUGCCUGUUCUGUCUAUUGUGUAUAUAAGAUGAUAAAGUCUUUGCAGAGUGUUGUUUUCAAGCAGGCUGGUUCUGUUGAUCCAGUGACAAUGACAAUCAGCAUAUUCUUGCAGUUCUUCGAUAUUGGUAUUGAUGCUGCACUGUUAUCUCAGUAUGUCUCUUUGAUGUUCAUUGGGAUGUUGAUUGUGAUAUCUGUCCGUGGCUUUUUAACAAAUCUAAUGAAGUUCUUCUUUGCAGUUUCUAGAGUUGGAAGUGGCUCAUCUACCAAUGUUGUGCUUUUCCUCUCUGAGAUCAUGGGAAUGUAUUUUGUAUCUUCAAUCCUAUUGAUAAGAAAAAGCUUAGCAACUGAGUACAGGAUGAUAAUCACAGACGUUUUGGGAGGAGACAUUCAGUUUGAUUUCUAUCAUCGGUGGUUUGACGCUAUUUUUGUGGCUAGUGCCUUUCUGUCUCUUCUUCUACUUUCUGCACAUUACACGUCCCGACAGGCGGACAAGCACCCUAUUGAUUGAUUUGUUUUCCUGUAAUUUUGUGAUAAUAGUUUCAGUAAAUAUUUGUAGUUUUAGUGCUUCCCCCAUCAUUAUUUGUUCUUCCAUUCCUUGUCGUGGGGCCUCUGCCAAGGGUCGUAUUGCUUCCAUGUUCUCCUGGGGUGGACAGUGUAAAGUUACUGUAGCUCUUAUAAAAUGUGAUAAAAAAUUCCCAUGUCAUGGUGUUUGUACUUCAUAUGUUGACGUACAAUCCCAAACAAGAAAUUCAAUGUAAUGUAUCAAUCCCUUUAGUUGAAAUUUGAAAAGUUCCAAUUAAA